AAUCACUUUUUUGUAAUUGAACCAGAUUAAACCCCCCACCCACGCACCCCACACCCUCGUUUCUAAUUUAAUGCAAUCUUUUUCAAUAAAGAAAAAAAAGGUCCUUUGUAUAUAUGAUCGGCAGAACUUUCAUAAUAAUUGUCCUAUUUUCUUUUUUAUUAUUUUUUUCUUUUUAUCACUAUUUGAUUUGCUUUAGGUGGAGGUAUCGUCUGCAUAAACUUGAUCUUUCUUAAAUCACAUUUUAUAUUAAUUCACUAAAUAUAUUGUUGUUGAUAUAAUAUAGAUGCAUGCAAGAUAGCUCGGAAUUAUUAUAAAAAUGACAGCCACGCGUUCCACGUACAGGCACUGCCCAUUACCUCUACAACGCAAACCCAAAUUUUACCACUGAAUCAUCACCCACUUAUUUCCAAUCUCCUUCACAAUCCUCCCCCCUUUACAACUACUAGUACUACUGUUUUCUUCUUUGCGGCAAUUCAGCAAAAAGCUAGCCUGCAAAACGAGUACUAGAUCUUUGAAGAAGGGGCAAUUGUUAUCUGUAAUGGCCCUGCAAGUACCAAGUAGAAUUCCAACUAAUUUAGCCCCAAUUGGCGGCAACAGUGGCCUCAGAGGGGCACCAAAUGGUUUAGCUCUGAAAUCUUCGUUUUUUUCUCCAUCAAUUCAUCUCUUGCUCCCGCCUCCAUCAUUCUCCAGUGCAGCUCCUGCUACUGCCCCUAGAAUCUCCAUGCGUGUUGCCUCUAAGCAAGCUUAUAUUUGCCGGGAUUGCGGGUAUAUUUACAAUGACAAAACUCCUUUUGAGAAACUACCGGACAAAUACUUCUGUCCUGUAUGUGGAGCUCCGAAAAGAAGAUUCAGGCCAUAUGAACCGAAAGUAACCAAAGAUGCUAAUUCCACAGAGGUUCGUAAGGCCCGGAAAGAACAGUUGAAGAGAGAUGAGGCUAUCGGAAACGCACUGCCUAUUGCCAUUGGAGUUGGAGUUGUUGCACUUGCUGCUUUAUACUUCUAUGUCAACUACGGUUCCUAGAGACAAGUGGACCAAAAAUAUUUCAUCAUCUUCUGAUUAACAGAUCAAGGAGAUUGCUAAAUUUUGUAUUAAAGUUCCUUGUACAAUUGUUUAUUCUAUCCAUUCAUUCUCUAUAUUCCACUUCUAUAGUGAUGGCAAUAUGAAUUUCCUAUUAUGUAACGAGAGAGAAACUUGAAAAAUAUCAGUUUAAAUCAAAUAAUCAUAUUCACAUCCAGGCUUGAACUGGGUCUAAUUAUGCUAAA